AUUUUUGGCUAUAAAUAUACACCAUGCAUACAAAAUAUAAGAUUUUAUCGGUGUUAAUUUAAGAAAACAAAAGGCAACAAAAAACCCUAAACCCAUACUUGAGCUUCAAUUCUAACAUGGAACAACAACCAAACGAGUCAAACCCUCCUCGUCUGCCUCCGCCACCAUCUCCGUUGUUGUUUUCUUCACUACCAGAUGACAUUAUUUUGAAUAUCUUGGCUCGCAUAUCCACUUCGUACUACCCAACGCUCUCUCUUGUCUCCAAGAGCUUCCGCUGGCUCAUCCUCUCUGAGGAGCUCGACAUGGAACGUUCCUACCUUGGAACCCGAAAACAAUGUGUUUACGUCUGCUUUCAAUCUCCCAGCCAUCCUUUUGAUCGUAGAUGGUUCAGUCUCUGGAUAAAACCAUGUGAUCAUCAACCCCUAACCCAUUGGACGAUCGACAUCAAGUGUACCGGACACUGGUUGCUACCGAUGCCCUCUUCAUACUCUCGUCGCUUACAAACACUCCACGAAACUGUUGGAUCAAAAACAUACGAAAUCGGUGGACAAAACACGCUGCCCUCAACCGACGUGUGGGUCUAUGAUAAGCUUAUUGGCAAACGGUGCAAAGGCCCUAGCAUGAUGGUGGCUCGUAAGAAUGCCCUUACAUGCGCACUUGAUGGGAAACUAUAUGUAAUGGGAGGAUGUGAAGCAGAUGAUACCACGCAUUGGGCUGAGGUUUUCGACCCAAAGACUCAAACUUGGGAAGCUUUACCGGAUCCUGGUGUUGAGCUCCGGUCCUCUUCAGUUAAAAAGCUCCAAACGAAGCAAGGAAAAGUUUACGUGAGGAGCAAUGUGAAGAAUUUUGUUUACCUUACAAAAGAAAGUAGGUGGGAAGUUGCUGAGGGAAACUUAGGUGACCGUGAGAGUAUGUGUGAGAUAGAGAAUGUAUGCUACUCUUAUGCUAAUAAAAAAUGUUGGUGGUAUGACACAAAAUGUGAAGGGUGGAGAUCGGUCAAAGGUUUGGAUCGACUUGAGUGGCAUUAUAAAACUAAUACUGAAAUAGGUACUGAUGGUGGAAAACUCGUCGUCUUUUGGGACCGUGUGGGUUCUCGUAUUACUGCAACCAAAGAAAUUUGGUGUGCUAUGAUUUCGCUUAAAAAGGGACAUGAUGGUGAAGUUUGGGGUCACGUUGAAUGGCUUGAUGCUGUGCUUAUAGCCCCUCGGUCGUAUACAUUCUUGCAUUGUAUGGAAUCAUUGCAAUGAUCAACAAUGUGCUUUUGCUUUGAUCUUUUUUUUAUGCUGAUCUUUUUUCAAUUUCUCCUUUCACGGCACAAAGUAUAGUCUUAUUAUUGAUUGAUACUUUUUAUGUUUUUCGGUCAUGUUUUUUAUUCAUUAUUAACAUUCUUUUUUCUUUAUCAGCAUAACCAGUAAAUGAAAUAUGAAUGAAAAUUAACUCUCAAAUAAAUAGGUGUUACCGUGACAUGCCCUUCUAUAGAGUAUAUCAUUUAUGUUGACAUGAAGUAUGAAUCAGGCUUAAGUAGCUCUCGUCAGCAACUUUUAUAAGCACUUGGAGCCAUCCAUUAAGCCACUAGAAGACCAACAAGUACAAAUUUAAGCCUCGGCUUUAUUGAUGAGUUGGCACAUGAUUGAUAAGCUAUUGAAAAGAGAGUAAUAAAGAGAGAUCAUGAAAUUUCAAGAAAAUCCUUGAUGAUGGUUCACACAGAAGAAAAACACAC